AUUUUCAUGAUUAUGAUUGAAAUAAUCUAAAUGGGGCCACAGUGAGGCAUGAGAAGGCCUGUAAAAUGUGACACCUCAUCUACAUCUUCAUAUGUCCUCUCAGUGUUUUUCCUGAAGCUUCUCUGAUUCCUCUGCGCCUCACUCUCCUGUCCAGGCAUUUUUCCCCUCUAAAGAAGCUGCGAACAUCCGUCAUGUGAUCUGGCCUCCACCAAUGGCUGCGCGUCAGUCCAAGUUGUGCGAUAAGGGGAGGACAGUAAAGAGCGAUCAGCCUGAAGGAGUUGGACUCUCCUCGGUCUUCAGGGCUCAUCAGCGCACUCUGCUCCCAGCGCAGCCCGGCUGCAGACUGCGUCCAUCAGGAGCUCUUAUCUGCGCUCUGGUGCAGCAGCGCAUGCGAGGCUGCAGCUACAGUCAAUCCAGGCUCACACCAGACUGCCUCCACUGACAGGCUGCUGCGCAAAUGUUGGGAGAUAAAGCUCACGGUGUGACUUUGAAGGUGAUGGAGUACACGUACGAUGAAGACCUGGAAGAGCUGUGUCCGGUGUGCGGCGACAAAGUGUCGGGUUACCACUACGGCCUGCUGACCUGCGAGAGCUGCAAGGGCUUCUUCAAGAGGACGGUGCAGAACAAUAAGAGGUACACGUGCGCCGAGAACCAGGAGUGCAAAAUAGACAAGACGCAGCGGAAGCGAUGCCCCUUCUGCCGCUUCCAGAAGUGCCUCAACGUCGGGAUGCGAUUAGAAGCGGUGCGCGCAGAUCGCAUGCGUGGGGGGAGGAAUAAAUUUGGCCCAAUGUACAAGAGAGACAGGGCCUUGAAGCAGCAGAAGAAGGCUUUGAUACGAUCCAACGGGUUCAAGCUGGAGACCACGGCUCCGCCGCCGGCCUCCCCACUGCAGACUGACUACAGCUUCACUGGCACCCUGCACACGCUGCCCACCAUUUCCAAAAGCCUGCUUCCCUCCACCACGACCUCCGUCACCCCCACAGACUACGAGGCCAACCUGUAUGGACCUACAUCCCUGGGCAUGGCCAUGCAGUCCCACGUGCCCCUCACCCCACAGUACCAGUACACGGCCUUUCCCAGCAGGGCGAUCAAAGCCGAGUGCCCCGACUACACCAGCUCCCCCGAGUCCCUGACUGGAUACCCAUACCCAGAUGUGUAUCCGUCGGCCUCGCCGCAGCCCCCCAGCCUGCCCCCGCUGGUGCUGGAGCUGCUACGCUGCGACCCCGACGAGCUGGUGGUGCAGAACAAGAUUGUUGCUCACUUGCAGCAGGAGCAGAGCAACAGGGGGCGGCUGGACAAGCCCAGCACCUUCAGCCUCAUGUGCCGCAUGGCGGACCAGACCCUGUUCUCCAUCGUGGAGUGGGCUCGGAGCUGCAUUUUCUUCAAGGAGCUGAGGGUGGGAGAUCAAAUGAAGCUGCUUCAUAACUGCUGGUCUGAACUUCUGGUCUUGGAUCAUAUUUUCAGACAAGUGCAGCAUGGAAAGGAAGACAGCAUCCUGCUGGUGACCGGCCAGGAGGUCCAGCUGUCGUCCAUCCUAUCUCAAGGAGAGGCCACGCUGUGCAGUCUGGUCCAAAGAGGUCAGGAGCUGGCAGCCAGGUUGAGGGCGCUGCAGGUUGACCGCAGAGAGAUCGCCUGUCUGAAGUUCCUUCUACUGUUUAACCCCAAUGUAAAGCUGCUUGAGAACCAGGCGUUCGUGGAUGGCGUCCAGGAGCAGGUGAACGGCGCUCUGCUGGAGUACACCCUGACCACCUACCCUCAGUUCCAAGAGAAGUUCAGCCAGCUGGUGGUGCGGCUGCCUGAGCUGCGCUCCCUCAGCACGCAGGCUGAGGACUACCUGUGCUACAUGCAUCUGAGUGGAGAGGUGCCCUGCAAUAAUCUGCUCAUCGAGAUGCUGCACGCCAAGAGAGCGUGCGUGUGAGGGACACACAAAGAGUUGUCAUCUUGUGUUGUUUGUCCAAGGUGAGAAUGAGUGUGUGGAAGAGAGAUGGAAAACCCUGAGAUCGACAGGUUUACACUGGAUUGCCUUCAUUGAGGCUUUUGCUUUGGGUGGAGAGGAGAAAAUCUUGUUUAGAGUUUGGAUAUAAAAGUGAGAUAAUUUUAAUAUUUGGACUGCUACUGUUUUCAUAUCCUGCAAAGCUACUUUAAUGUGACAUUUAUAAACUGGAUUUUCUACCCUAUUUUCAACCAUCUAAAUUUAGAUUUUGGGGUGGAGUUAUUCUGUGUUCUUUUUGACUAAAUAUGUCUUCAAUCUGUCGUUACAAUAAUUUCUCCAUUCCUCUAAGCUGCCAAUAUCACCUUUAAAAUUGCAGGACGAGACUCCACCUUAGCCAAAUGCCACAAAGUCAGUCAGAUCUGGUGCCCAGUGACCCAGCUCUGUGUUAGCUGCUCUGUUUUAAAUACUCUCUGCUGGUGCUUGGUAAACUGCUGUGCACUUUUCUCACAUUUUGGUCUUUUAUUCAGAAAUCAAAUGUUUUCUGGAAUAUCUUCAAAGAAGAUUUUGUUCUUUAAAGUGGGUCUAUAUGAAGCUCUGUUGGGUUCUCACGUAUUUACAUCUCAAUUUGAGAGAAUCAGGAAAAAGUUAUAAAAGCAACCUCAAAUCGACCUCAAAAUGUUUGAUUGUUUCUGGCUAAUCUUACUCUUUUCAAAUUUGUAGGAGACAACAGGACAGACAGUGAAAGGGAAAAUAUUUAAAAACACAUGAUUUUUUUUUUUGAGGAAUUAAAUUAAAUUUUAUUUUAUUUAAUUGACAUAACCUUAAAGUCCAUGUUGUUUUAAUGGUAGGCUCAUUUCUGCUUUUGGAUAGAAUGCAAACCCUCUACUGUAUUCAGCACUGAUGCGUUCUCUUAUUUUAGGGAGAUUUCAAUCAUAGUGACAAUAAAAAAGUUUCUUUUUUUUUCCUUUGUGGUUUAAGGUCAGCAGAGGUUGGGUCAGCUUCUUAAUGCCUUAAAAAACAACAAGCUGAGGAUUUGCAGUUAAUCAGAAAUUUAACAAACAAACUAAAACUGCUGAAAUUCUAUUAGUGUAUUAUUGUUCUUUAUUAAAAAAUGUUUAAGCUGAUUAAAACAGGAGAUUUUCUAAUUGGUCUUUUCUUUAAUUGUAUAAAUUUUGACAUUACUGUAUAAAAUUUGCAAACCUUUACUAGACGCUUACUUCAGGAUUUUAAGGUUGGAAAUGUUAAGCGAUUUUAACACUAAACAUGCAUUCUUCAAUGUGUGUUUAGCCGAUAGUGUUCACACUGGAUGAGCAGGGAGGGGCUUCUUCUUCAUUUUCUACUUUUUACAACUGCAUUUUCACCACCUACACGCUUAAUGUGAAAUAUCACAGCGGUUCAAGUCUCGUAAGGCUUAUUUUUUCUCAAACAGCUCUAUUUAUUGCACAGAAGACUUGGUCUGAAUCUGAAAUCUUCCCCUACUGUAGCCCUCCAAACGGAGAGUUAUGUAAAAAUAGUGGCUAUGUCUGAAUUACCCAAAUCCCUAACUACUAAAAAACAUAUAGUACAGGACUAUAUUGAUUUUAAAAGCAAGUUGGGCACCAUGCUCACUAUUCGUCUAUUUUUAUACCUCUUCACAAGCAUAACUCUAGACAUCCGGUUAUGUUUAAUUAAAUAAUGGAGCAAUAAUGAAGUUUUAGCUCACGCCUCUGAUAACAAAUGUAAUACUGUUUGGUUAACAUUGAUCUUAUGACUUUGCUGUUUGUUAAGAACAGUCUUGAGGAUAACAUGCAUUCACCGUCCCAAACUAGAAAUGAGGAAUUUUAGUGUUUCAAAUUUUCAUUUUUCUCAUUAGUAAAAUAUGAAAAAAUAGAGACUUUGAACGGUGUCACAAAGGAAUAAAAGAUCAGAAUAGGUGUGAUUCAAUGUUUUUGAAGUUAAGAAAGAAUAAAUGGAAAUAAAGCCAAUGCAAACAGAGGCAGAUAAAGGCGAGAAAAGACAAACACUAAUGCCACGAGAGAGGGAUGAAUGACAAAGAAGCAUUUUUUUCCAAUUAAUUAAAAAUGUAAAAAGCAAUCAGGGCUUAUCUGCAGUACUUGUCCUUCAGCCAUCUCUGCUGAAUUAGACCUUUCUUUCUUUCUGUCAAUACAAACAAGUUUCAGGUUUGCUAGCUCCAAAAAGAGCUACUUUUUCAACAAACUGAGCUGAAAAAUAUGUGAGGAAGCUGGUUUCAGCUGUCAGGAAUUUGGAAAGUUUUCUCCUUUUUCUGAAUUGAAGCAGAAGUGAGCAGAGAACUCAUCUCUUCUACUUCACUUUGUAAAUGAGAUGACAUCAUUAAAACUAUAAAGUCACUCACUUAUGUUGAACAAUUUUCUAAUUCCACUGUAGAAAACACAUUCAUUGUGAGUUCUGCUUUGCUUUUAGUUUUACACCAAUAAUAACUUAAUUUUGUUAAAUUAUCCUGUUAAGCUGUAAAUAUGGUUUUAGGGAAUUCGGGACAAAAAUUAGUCUAAAAAAUGCAACAUUUUUGCUUCUACAAGUUUGCUGCAUAUCAAAAUCAUGUUAAUAUUACAAACAAUGUUUCAUAAAUAAGAAAGUGAGCCAAAGUGAGCCGCUAAACUUACAGGUUUUAGGAGAUGAGGAUCAGUUUAGCAUCCAAACAUAUAGAAAUGUGCUCUAAAUGACAGGUUUAUAGACAUAUAUAGGAUGGAAGAUCUGAUCUAACUAUACUUUAUUAUUAAUAUUAUUUCCAGUUCAGUAAAAGAACUCAUUAAGGUUUGUUUCAAAUGUUUCAUGGAAGACUCCAGGUCUUUGUAAAGUUGUAAAAAUGAAUCCCUUGAGCUGUCUGGCUAAAAACACUGCACCGUGCAUGUGCUGGGUCAACUGUGGCACUGAUUCUGGUAGCACUGAAAUGAGAGUGGCAGGAACACAAAUCUCCCACCAAGUGGUCUAUUUAUGUCAAAGCAUCGAAGACAGUCACAGCUUCUCUGUCUGAACACACUUUGGUUUUCCAGUUGAGACAGCUUUGUGUCAUCUGUAAAGUAUAUUUAUGUUGUGAAGUGAAUAUCUACAACAAUAUGAAGAUACAUUUUCACACUGAAAAAGUUAUGUUGAGGUCUGCUAUAGUGGAACUGCUUUCUCAAUAUUGUUUUUUAUGUUUGUUUUUAAUUUCAUUCUUUUUUUUCUGUGAGCUGAAAGUCUGUCCAUCUUUAAAAAAAAAUCUGGUGUUUUUCUCCAAAAAAAGUAAAUAAAAUGACCAAAACAUUUUCUUUUCUUUAGAUAUAUUUUAUUGUAAUAGCAUCAAACCAAUAAAAGUCAUUAAAGUAAA